AUGGGCACGUCCGCUUUACACGAACCACCUCACUCGGACGUAUGCCGCAGGAGGGACGCCGGGCAGGCGGCUCCGCAGCACCCAGCACGUCCGGCCCUGCGCCAACCAGCACACACGGCCACCAUUAUCCCCCCCCUGCGCUCCAAAAUUCCCCACCAUAACUUGAAGCGCACAGCCCUCGACCACCAAAUCCCCUUUGCUCCGCACUUGACUCCUCCAUGCUUGUAUUUAAUCGUGUCGUAUUUAAUCGUGUCGUGCCUCGUCCUUUGCCCUUCCUGGCGCGCGCACGUGCCGGCACGGCCGGAGCCCCAGCCCACGGCAAUGGGACGGGUUCAGGACAUUUUGCGUCGCGUCAAGGCCAAGUUUGACAGUGCGGACACGGACGGCACGGGGCAGCUGCACCCCCAGGAGUUCAUCAAGGCUUUUCUGGGUGGGUGGGUGGGUCAGGGAAAUAGCGGCGCGACUGCUAAAAGUAUUCUCCAAACAGAGGAUGGCGGCGAUGCUGAGGCGCUGGCAAAGCUGUUCAUGCGCAUUGACGCCGACAGUGAUGGCACCAUCAACUGGGACGAGUUCUCCACCUACAUGUUGUUAGAGAGCCAGGGCAGUGCCCGAGUGCGGGAGUUUGAGAGCACCGUCACCAUGCAGGAUCCCGUUCCCUCGCCGGUAUCCGAUCUGCUGGCGCACAAAGACGCCAUCACCCACAUCACCGCCAUGAAGCUCGCCAACGGAGUGGACAGAUACGCCACCUGCGGCAGGGACGGCACGGUACGGCUAUGGAAUGCCAAGGACCUCAAGCACGUCAAGACGCUGCACCUGCCGCGGCCCCGUAUUGCGUUGGCGGCCCGCGAUGGCACGGAGCGGCUCUCCAGCGCCCGCGCCUCUCGCUCGGUGCAUAGCGGCGGGCUCUGGGCGACAUGUUCGGCCUUCAUGCCGCUCACACAGAAGCUAGCCGUGGGCUCUUUCAGCAGGUCCAUCAGGAUAUACGAUCUGGCGUCGUACGAGAUUGCUGGACAGAUUCCCGAGAUCGACUUCGUGCCGCUGUGUUUGGACGUGUGGGUUCCUCCGCGCGCGAAGGACAGCGAGCUGGUUGUCGUGGGUGACGGUGGUGGCUGGGUGCGGCUGUUCGAGGUGCGCUCCAGUGCAGUUGCGGGCGGCGGUACCGACGGCGACGCCGUGGCGGCGGCACCUGGCGGCAGCGGCGGCAGCAGCGUGGAGCGCCUCACGGAGCGGCCCCGCUGGCGGUUUCAACACCACAAGGACUGGGUCAUGUCGGUGAAGCAUGUUCCGACCGGCAAGCUGCGCUACCGCUUCCUGCAAUGCCACGGCGAUAAGCGGAUCACCUCUCUGGCCUUCGACGCAGCCAAGAGGCGGCUCAUUACGGGCGCUGAGGACGGCGAUUGCAAGAUUUGGAAUUUCAGCAGUGGCGCCUGUCUCAGCCACCUGGUCAGUAAGACCAAGGCGGAGGUGACGGCGCUGGUGCCGCUGCGGGGCCCCCUCACUCGCUACGUGCUGGCGGCAGGCUGGGACCGGUGUAUCACGUUUUACGAGGACAACAACGCCAAGUCGGUGGGGCCGUCCAGGUCGUUGGCGGGUCACAAGGCUGACAUCUUGGCCAUGGUGGCACUCGAGGGCAGCAGCACCGUUGUUACCGCGAGUGACGAUGGCGAGUUGUGGGUUUGGAAUAUGGACUCCUGCGCUCCCAAGCGCCGCAUGCAGGCCCCCGGCACCGCGUCCCGACCAGCCAACGAGCGCGCGGUGGAGGCACUGGCGUUCCUGGCAGCGGGGGCCACGGGCGCGUCGGCGGGCGGCGGCGGCGGCGGGCGGCUUCGUGGCGUGCUGGUAGCGGUGGGGGCUGACCGGUGGUUGCGGCUGUGGGACGUGUUGGACGGUACGAUGCUGGCGGAGCGUUUCACGGGACACCGACAGGUCUGGGACAUGUCCCGCUACACUGGCGGCGUGCUAUCCCAAGCCGCUGCCGCCGCGGUCAUCCGGGAGGAACGAGACACGUGGAUCAUGGAAGCUUCGCGUAUCAUCCCGCGCUCCGAUCCGGCAGCGUACGGCAACACGUCGACCAACGGAGUACAGCCAACCGCCAGCAGCGACUCGAGCCCAAUCCGAGGAGGCGGCAGUGGCGGCGCGGCGGCGGCGGCAUUGGAGGCGCUGGCAGGCCGGGCCUCACUCCCCCACGCGAGGACGAUCACCGCGUCCCUCGGCUCGGCCAAGUCCAUUGCGGCAGGGCCAGCUGCCUUUAGCGGCACCGGCGGCUCCGCCGCCGCGGCAGCGGCGGCGGCGGCGGCGGCGACAGCCGCCGCCGCCGCUGCCACCGCAGGUGGCAGCAGUGGCGGCGCCCCCACUGCCACCCCUGCCAUCGGCCACACCACUAGCGGCCGCAUGCUGCUGCGACCCGAUAGCGCGCCGCCGGAGAUCGCGUUGGUGUGCAGCGCUUCCAUUGCGGCUCGGUUGGAGCGGCGAAUAUCUGUCAAGAGGAUGAUGUCGAAAACGCGCAUGGCGGGGCCCGACGGCGGUGGCGGCGGCGGCGGCGACGAUCCAUCGUCGGCGGGCGCCGAAGGCCAUGCCGCCUUGAAGGAGCCGACGCGCAGCACGGGCUCCGCGUUUGCAUCAUCAGGGUUUCAGAAUAGCAUUGCGGUUAACAGCGAUGAGGAGGGCGGACGUGAGGAUGAGGACGAGGAUGUGGAUGUUAGCAGCGCCAGCAGCAGCGACGAUCAUUCGAGUGACACGGAGGUGCCGACGGCGUUGUGGCUGUCGGAGUUUGAAGCAGCACGGCAUCGGCGGCUGAUGUUGGCGACGCAGCAGCGGGAGGCCGGUGGUGGCGGCGGCGGCAGCGGCUCCCGGGUGUACGGCGCUUCUGGGAGGAUCGGCGUGGCGCACUUGCUCAAGGUUGCGGAGCUGUCGACGGUUCAGGAACGGCCAGGCAGUAGCUUUAUGAGCAGCCGCAAGGGUGUGGCGACGGCGGCGGGGGUGAUCAGCCAGCCUUCUGGGUCGCCUACGCGGCCGGGGGCGCCCACGGCGACGGCGAUGAUGACAGGCUCUGCUGCACGACAUAUGCUGUGA